AUCUAUGAGUUACAAUGUUGCUGUGGUGCCUUCAAAAAUAUUUCCAAUAACUAUUCUUCUUGUUGAAGAUUAUGCAAAUUUUAAUAAAAACAAAGGACUACUAUGCUGUACUCAUUUGUUGCAGUGCCUGGAUGGUAAUGCUUUUCAAACUGGUAACUACUAUGAAGUUAUUUACAGAACUUUAAAAAGAAAUCUGUCUGAUAAAGAUGAGAAUAUUACAAAACUUACUCAUUCAAAUUUAUUAAUGUUACUAGAUAUAUUACCAAAUGCUGGAAAGAGACAAAAAUUGGAUGAACUUUAUAAAAGCUGUUUAGACCAACUGUCAAUAGAAUCAAACUUAUAUCACAAAGUAGCUCUGAUUAACUUCACAUGCACUGUUAUAGAGCACCAUAAAAGCAAUUGUGCUAAUAGAAGGAUUUUUAUAGAUAUUGUGUGUCAAAAUUUGGAUAUUUGUACUAACAAUGCUGUCAUAGAUGUAAUAUUAGAACCACUUCUGAAGUGUUUAAAGAAAUGGAUUAUCUACUGUUGGCCAGUAUGGAAGUACAACACAGACCACAAACUUCUAUCUGCACUUUUGAAAGUUUUGUAUACUUGUAAUGAAGAUCUCUAUAAAGAAAUAUAUGACAUUAUUGUAACACUAAUCUGUUUAUGUACAAAGGAUGAACAAACUCAAAUUGUUAAUAGUUUAGACAAAGUUCAAAAAAUUCAAUGUGAUGUAUUUAAAGAGAAAAUAAGAAAUAUAAUAUCAGAUUUAGCCUAAAUAAAUUUUAUCAUUUUAAUA